AUGACUUUAUUCGAAUAUAACAAACCUACGGCUGUCAAUUCAUUUUUUAAUUUAUGCUAUCGAGACCUAGCCGACAUUGCUUUUAAUAGGGAAAUACAAAGAUUGCGUAUCACCGGAAAUCCCGGUAUUGGAAAAACUUUGUUCAGUUAUUAUUUGCUUUAUCUACUUGCAAACGAAAAGAAAACGAUUAUAUACGACAACAAUGCUACGAAUGGAUUAAUUGUUUUUGACAAAGAAGAAGUCUUUUAUAUUGACGACAAAUCCGUUAUUAGACAAUACCAAAGUAACCCCGAAGUUUGGUAUAUCGUGUAUGGCAAAGAACCAAAGAGAGUUGAUGCAAAAAUUGUCUGUUCGCCCAGGAAAGAUCAUUAUAGAAACUUUGAUAAGUAUAUUGGGACGACGAUACGGGAAAGUAUUGUUGAAGAAUUAUUUUUUCAAUGGGGAGGAAUUCCUCAGUUCGUCUUAGAGAAGGUUUAUGAUGAAUCUCAGCAAAAAGUACUGAAUUAUAUUGGCGAAAGUGAUCAUAUGAGUCAUAAGCUCCUCCAUAUCUAUACUAACGUCCCUAUCGAUGAUAUCGAAGACGAAAACGAUAAAGGCGUUGAAAGCGGUGAUGAUGUCGACGAUGAGGAAAUUGAAGCGGCGGGCAUAGGCUUAACCAAGAAACUUCAAGAUGUCUUAAUGAACAAAUUACGCAACGAACUGAAUGCAAGCUUAUCAGAUGGCAUAAGUAAUCCACUUUUGGGCAGCACUUUUGGACAGUUUUCUCACCGGAUCCUACAAAAUGGAGGAAAUUUCAGGGUUCGUCUUUUAGACCAUGCAUCCACUACAUCAACAUCCUUUUACAUUAAUAUGCCUAGACAGGAUAAGAAACUUAUGUUUUCUACAAUCGAUACUAUCGAAUACAGCAAGUAUUAUCAACCAAUGAAUCAAAAUUUUGAAUCAAUAGAUGCAAUUGUUGCACCUGAUAAACUUUUUCAGAUAACUAUUGCUAAGAAUCACCCUAUUAAGUUGAAUGGUUUGAAAAAACUUAUCGAUAAAUUAGGUGGCAAGUCAGGGAUGGGUGACAUUUUCUUUUAUUUUGUCCUACCAAAGAAUUUGUACAUGAAUUACCGAACACAACCCUUUUAUACCUCCAAAAAAACUGUUGCCAAGGCUAAACCGCACUGGGUAAAAGAUCGGGUCAAGCAGUAUGCUUUGGAAAUUGAUUUGAGCUCAUACGCAAAUAUUACAGUAUAA